UUUUAUUUAUUGUGUAAAGUAAUGAACUUGAUGUUUACGUUCUUGUUUUGAAAGUUGUUUACGUUUUACGUUACGUUUUUUCGUCAUUCUACAGUGACGUCACAGUAUACGCGGCCUAAGAAAUCGCUAUCCCAUAAUGCCUAAGUGGAAGAGUUUGGUUUGUGAGCAAACGAACUCUGGUGGAAGUUUGGAAGAUGCCUUUAGACUCGUUCAUUAUAAAUGACCGUCAUCACGUGAUCAACGAAGUCAUGUAAUAUCAUAACAGAUAUGCUAAUAUAUAGCCGAGAGAACCUUCUAUGUAAAUUGUCUGUACUUAACAUAGCUGCGCGGGUGAAGUGUGUCGCAGUCUGUAUAAUGGAGUGACGUCGUGUUGUAAAGUUCUGUCGAGAUACAAACGGAAUUUAUCAUUUUGUUUCGUGAAUUUAUCAGAAUAAAGAGAAUCUAACAUUUUCGGCAAGUGCACAUCUCUGGUACCUGUUUCGUUUUUGUUUUUUUCGAUUUUUUUUUUUUUUUUUUUGCGAGUAUGUUAUGUGCAUUACAUAUUACGCACAUGCACCUGUAUUUUGCAAAAUAUACAUUUUAUGCUCAUUGCUUAUUCCAUUUUAUCAGUAUGUAAUUGGCAAAUGACAUAAGGGCAUCUUAUCCACUCUGUUCUCUAUCACACAUAAUAAAUACACAAGGAAAGUAUCGAAAGUAGCACACGAUUUGUAAACAAAGUAAAAAACCGCUUUACUUGAGAAAAGUUACACAAAUCCCCGUAUGCACUGAUGCAAAUGAUGUCCUAGCAAUCGGAACUCCUCGAAUGUCUCGCGCACUCGACAUAGAUCUCGGAUGUAAUACGGUGGCAUCCAUGAGUGAAUUUGAUGCAUUGUCAAUUGUCAAAUAUAAAAAAAACAACAACAUAGUUUUGUCAGGGAAAAGUGAUUUUGUUAUGACAGAAUUCAAUUUCGUCUAACAAAAUUAUAUUUUGUCUCACAAAACUGAUUUUUGUCGUAAUAUUUCUCAGUUUCCAAAUAAAACUAAUUUGCAUACAAAAUUCACUUGUGAUAAAAAAUAAAAUUUUGUCUACAAAAAUGAAUUUUGUCAUGACAAAAGUGACUUUUGUCCACUGAAAGAUAAUUUUCUAUCACAAAAUUAAUUGUGAUUUGUUAUCAAUUUUGUUAACUUGAACUCAUUUUUGUUGGGAAAAAAAGUCAUUUUUGUCCACACAAAAUUGGAUUUUGAGUACAAAAUCACAAGAGUCCCAUUUGGCGCCCAGUAGACAACAGUUACGUUAAUAGAUUAGUUUCCAACAGCUAUUAUGAGUUUGUCAACACACCACUGGUGCUCCAUACUAAUCGUUCCAUGCGACUUGUUUAUUAUUUUAAAGAGCAAAUAGUACAUCUAUUUGGAUAUACAGUUUAACGAGUAAAGGUGAAAUAUAUUUAAAUUUCUAAAACUUACGUUGAAAAGCGAUGAACACAUCCUCUGCAACUUCCACGAACUGAGCGUGUGAAGCGUGUGAAAAUGGCCGAGUGGAUUGAAAAAUAUAGUGUGUAAUUCAGGUUAUACGUAAAAUAACCUUCUUACGUAUUGGGAGAGGGAAUUUCUUUUUCAAGAUCAUUGCACUAUUGUGUUUUACAAUACGUUAUCACUUCUAAUGAUAUAUAGCGACGUUGUAUGACGCAACCUUAAAAAGUAGCGCAAAUUAUAGGAUUUAUACUUGUAAUAUAAACCUUAAAAUAUAGUGUUCUUCCAUCAACUCAACAUAAAAAAAAAAAACAAUACAUCAUAUGAAAAGAAAAUGGUAGAAAAUAUUUUUUAACAAGAAAUUAUUCACUUUGGACAUUAGGCCGAAUUUUGCUUCCGGUCACUGGAAGUGAACCAAAAAAAAAAAAAACACCUAAAAUUUGUGCUUUUCAAACAAAACUUAUAUGGUAUAAUUAGGUCUUUUUUGCAGAUUCAUAAAAUAUUAACUUACCGGAAGUCAAAACGACAACUUACGGUUUCUCGAUAAAAAAAAUAAAUAAUAAUUUUCGUCUUUUUUUAUCUCCAUAAAUCUCGCCUAGGUUUCAAGUGUUUAUAUGUUGAUGACACUAUCAAUCUCUAGAGUAAAGUCUUUUUUUUUUUCUUUUCAAAAUUCACUUCCGGAUGGUAGUAAUACACCACUUUCUGGUGGGUUUUUUUGGUCCACCCCUUUUUGUCAAAAAUACCUUCAUCUAGAGACGUGAAACUUUCAGGGAUAAUAGACAGCACGUAGUCGCUCUGACUUAUGAGAAAACACAUCUGAAUAUGUGUAAAAUAUUCUAUUUUGCUUUGCUUUUUCAAAUUAUUUAAAUGUUUGCUAUGGAAUUUGUAGAAUAUACCAAAAAUGAACAAUAAAAUUGGUUUCUACGUGUCUGUAUGCGUGUGAGAUGGCGACUUAAAAUUAUGUGUUUUAUAUUUUUCUUGCUAUAGGCCUAUCUGAAAAACUAUUUGAGAUUGAAUUAUGAAACUUGUGUGGAUGAUAGACUAUAAUCUGUGUAAUGACUUCCUGUUAUCUCUGUAAUUUCUGCUUCUCAUGUUCAUAAUAAGCCUUUUCAUUUUACAAAAUGCUGACCUCCUAAUACUAUUAUUACCUCCUAAUACCAUUAUUGCAUACAAUAUUUUCCGUUCUGUUUUCCAUUCCAUGUUUUAGCAACAUCCCUUUGACACUACCCAUUUCACAAAGAUAUCACCUGAACAAGAGCAUAGAGUCCAAAUACUAGAUUACGAAAGUUUUAUGGGUCAUGUGUGUAAUUUUACAUAUGUCACACGCACGUGUACCUGCAUGUGUGUAAUUUUACAUAUGUUACACACACGUGUACCUGCAUGUGGUUAACAACAAAUUUUACAUGCACAUUGAAGUAUCUUAACGUCCAUAACCUUCAUAUGUAGUGUGAAAACACUUUGACCUGCAUCUGACCAGGACAUACUGAACUAAGUAAAUAAAAGGACAUUGACAUUUACUGGCUUUGUAUAGAACUAUAGGAAGCGAUUUCCGGUGAAGGAGGGGUUGGGCAGUAUACCGUGUAGUAUUCUAUAGAUUGCCAGUGGAUUAUACAAUGCUUACGGUCGUUGAAGUGAAAAGGUUGUAUGAGGUCUUCCUCUCUAAAGGAGACAAGAGGGUAGAGAAAUGGCUGUUGAUGGAGUCUCCCAUGCCUAUUUUGACUAUAUUUGUCCUGUACCUUAUACUGGUCAAGCAAGGCCCCCGAUGGAUGGAACAGUACAAACCUCUUCAGCUACAAGGAUGGCUGGUCAUAUACAACUUGGCGCUUGUAGGUUUAUCUGUGUAUAUGUGUGAAGAGUUUCUAGUAACAGCCAUCAAGUCAUCCUACAGUUUAAAAUGUCAGCCUGUGGAUUACUCUGACAACCCUUUAGCAUUAAGAAUGGCCAGUGUAUGCUGGUGGUAUUUCUUCUCCAAAAUCAUAGAAUUACUAGACACGGUUUUCUUUAUAUUACGGAAGAAGAAUAAUCAGAUAACAUUUCUACAUGUAUUUCACCACAGUACGAUGCUAAUUAACUGGUGGCUAGGUGUGAAGUUCAUUGCAGGUGGACAAUCCUUUCUGCUCGCAAUGAUCAACUGUUUUGUGCAUAUCUGGAUGUACAUGUAUUACGGUCUCGCAGCACUAGGCCCGGGAGUUCAACGAUAUCUUUGGUGGAAAAAAUAUAUCACUAAGAUGCAAUUGACACAAUUUGUCUUGAUCGUUCUACACACUGGUUAUAACAUGAUGACAGAUUGCGAUUUCCCACAAGGUUUCAACUAUGCCGUCUUUAUUUAUGCAUUCAUUCUAAUUGGACUGUUUUCAAAUUUUUAUGUACAAGCAUACUCAAAAAAGUGGAACAUCUCUACAAUUAGAAAAAAAAUUUCUGAAUGAGAGAAAUUUACAGUUGAACAAAAUCAAACAUGUUUCAUUGUUUCCAUGACAUUUUAUUGGUGUUUUAGUAGUAAGUGUCAGAGAACUUUUCUAUAUUCAUAACAUACUCUAGUAGAGAUUGUAGUAUACUCGAUAACAUACUCUAAGUACAGAUUGUAGUAUACUCGAUAACUUAUUUCUAUAUUCAUAACAUACUCUAGUAGAGAUUGUAGUAUACUCGAUAACUUAUUAACUUUUCUAUAUUCAUAACAUACUCUAAGUACAGAUUGUAGUAUACUCGAUAACUUAUUUUUUAUUCACGUUGCACCUGACAUUAAUGUAAUUGUAUGGGGAUUACAGUGAAAAUGAAAGUGUCACAUCUUGACGGCAUUACACAGGUACAAAACAUGUUCCAGUAACCAUGUGAACAAACUUUAACUAAUACUCUACUGCUGGCUUUAAAGGUCAAGUUGAAUAUUAUCUAAAUAGUUUGUGUGUUUUCUGGUUUAUCUAUUUCACAGACCUAAUGAAAAUAAUAUGCUGAGUCAUGAAUGGCAAUUUUCAAACAAUAAACUGUUUUGAAGUGGCAUCAAAA